AUGGAGAAGGCAGAGAACGAGAAGAAAGCAUCGGCGGUAUCUGACGUCGGUGCAUGGGCUAUGAAUGUAACGAGCUCCGUCGGGAUCAUCAUGGCGAAUAAACAGCUCAUGUCAUCUUCUGGUUUCGGAUUCAGCUUCGCGACAACUCUUACGGGAUUCCACUUCGCUCUCACUGCUCUCGUUGGUAUGGUAUCGAACGCGACUGGAUUAUCUGCAUCCAAGCAUGUUCCUAUUUGGGAGCUUCUUUGGUUCUCAAUCGUAGCUAACAUUUCAAUCGCUGCUAUGAAUUUCAGUCUUAUGUUGAACUCUGUUGGCUUCUACCAGAUAUCGAAAUUGAGCAUGAUUCCGGUUGUUUGCGUGAUGGAAUGGGUUCUACAUAGCAAGCAUUACUCGAGAGAAGUGAAAGCAUCUGUGAUGGUUGUUGUUGUAGGAGUUGGGAUUUGUACUGUGACUGAUGUUAAGGUUAAUGCCAAAGGUUUCAUUUGUGCUUGUACUGCCGUUUUCUCCACUUCUCUUCAGCAGAUUUCAAUAGGUUCACUGCAGAAGAAAUACUCAAUAGGAUCUUUCGAGUUGCUGAGCAAGACGGCACCAAUCCAAGCGCUUUCACUCCUCAUCUUUGGUCCAUUUGUUGACUAUUUCUUGAGCGGCAGAUUCAUUUCUACUUACAAGAUGUCUUAUGGUGCCAUUUUAUGCAUUCUUCUCUCCUGCGCAUUAGCGGUUUUCUGCAACAUAAGCCAGUAUCUCUGCAUUGGAAGAUUCUCGGCUACUUCAUUCCAAGUACUUGGUCACAUGAAAACAGUCUGUGUCCUAACAUUAGGAUGGCUUCUGUUCGACUCGGAGAUGACAUUCAAAAACAUAGCAGGGAUGAUCUUAGCGGUGGUGGGAAUGGUGAUUUACAGUUGGGCUGUCGAGUUAGAGAAACAGAGAAAGCCAAAAGUGACGCCGCACGGUAAGAACAGUAUGACUGAAGAUGAGAUUAGGCUACUCAAAGAAGGUAUAGAACAUAUGAAUUUGAAAGACAUGGAGCUUGGAGAUAAUAAUAAACCAUAA